AUGGCCGACAAUGUGAGCUCCAGAAUUGAUAUCCCGACCAACAUCUCCCUGACCCCCACUGUCGCUGUCUCCGAGUCCCUGGAGUACAAGACGGUGUCUGUGUUCCUGGUCCUGCUUGUGUGCGGCGUGGGCAUCGUGGGUAACAUCAUGGUGGUCCUCGUGGUCCUCACCGCACGCCACAUGAGGACACCCACCAACUGUUACCUGGUGAGCCUGGCCAUAGCUGACCUGACUGUGCUGGUGGCGGCAGGGCUGCCCAACGUCUCGGACAGUCUGACAGGCACCUGGGUAUUUGGGCACGCCGGCUGUCUGGGAAUCACCUACCUGCAGUACCUGGGCAUCAACGUGUCAUCCUGCUCCAUCACUGCCUUCACUGUGGAGAGGUACAUAGCAAUCUGCCAUCCAAUGAAGGCUCAAACGGUGUGUACAGUUUCCCGGGCGAAGCGUAUCAUUGCCGGAGUUUGGAUCUUCACCUGCGUCUACUGCAUGCUGUGGUUUUUCCUGGUGGACAUUCAGGUGAGCCAGGACGGACAUGUGCAGUGCGGGUACAAGGUGAAGCGGGAGCUCUACCUGCCCAUCUACCUCAUUGACUUUGCCAUUUUUUACGUCAUCCCGUUGCUCCUGGCCAUCGUGCUGUAUGGACUGAUAGCACGGGUCCUCUACCUCAGCCCUCUGCCCAACCAUCCUGAAACCAGUGCCACCACGCUGCGUCGAAGCUGCCGGGAAACCUCUGAAGCGGGGAAGGGUGGUCGCCAGAGCCGUCCAAAGACUGCGCUCUCCUCAAGGAAACAGGUGACCAAGAUGCUUGCAGUAGUGGUGAUCCUCUUCGCUCUGCUGUGGAUGCCCUACCGGACUCUAGUUUUGAUCAACUCUUUUGUGUCCACCCCGUAUCUGGAUGCCUGGUUCUUGUUGUUUUGUCGGACAUGUAUCUAUGCCAACAGUGCUAUCAACCCUGUGAUAUACAAUGCCAUGUCUCAGAAGUUCCGCUCUGCAUUUCGCGGGCUGUACCGUUGCCAGCAGCCAGACGGACAUCAGAGGACGCUGUCAGUGAUUCAGACCGGCUUCGGCACCAUCCGAGACUCACAAACCUCUCAGGCCAACAGCAACGGAACCAAUUUAAAGGCCAGGAGAGCCAUCAUGAGUCCUGCCACUGGUACGACCAUGAAGCAGAACGGAAGCAGUCAUCAGGAGACACCAGCAGUCAAUGGCAAGGAGGCAGAUCAUCCCAAUGACACCAGAGAUGGUACUACUUACAGUUUGGGUGUUGUUCCAGUUGAGACGUCUCCACCUGGUGAUGGAAAGGUGGAUUGGCCCUCAUCAAAUGAAAACACGCUUAAUGUUGCAGACACACACACAGCAAACGAUCAGCAGGAAAUCAUGUAA